AUGGAGGAGUUGGCAGAGAGCGUAGUAGAGUUGAGCAGAUCUACGCCAGUACCAUUCGGCUGGGGCUCCGAAUGUGACAUGUACACUCUUGACAACCAGGAACCGGCCUCGGACUGCAAUGGAUCGCAGCAGACGCCCAGUGGCGCGGCGGGCGCAACCAGCCCGGCCGGCGCGGGUUCGGUAUCGGGGCGGGGAACAGGCUCACGUGCGCGGAAGAGGGUAGAUGGGCCUGUUUUCCAUGUCGAGGUUGGGGAAUUCGUUGCGCUGCCGACACCCCCUGGGACGGCGUCAGUCUUGGUAGGCAAGGUCUAGUCCGUGGAGAAAUGUGACGAGGGGGACGAGUUAGAGUUGCGAUGGUACAUGCCGGUUCAAGUCAGAAGUGACCUUCGCUCCGACUACGGUAAGGGAGCGUGGACGCCUGAGUUCAUUGUGGAAUCUGGGAAGAGGGUACCUUCCGUGGGAGGGGGGAACGUACGGUCUGUCUGCGCGAAAAUCGCGAGCCUUACCGCUCAGGGCAAGUUACCAAGCCAUGUAUGGAAAUCCGUUAUUAUGGGUACGUUGCCGAUGGAAGAGCAAAGCGAGGGCACAGAUGAGGGUCAGGGAGGAAGAACGGAUGGUCAGAGAGGAUCUACGGAGAGUGUACGAAGU